ACAAUCAAUUAUUUAGAAGUAUUAUUGAAUAGUGAAAUGUCUCUAACGAAGGACAUAUUGCCCACUCUAUACGAGUACUAUGCCGAAAAUGGAAUCAAGGCGGGUUUGUCUGAUAAAACACCUCAGUUUACUCUCAAUAACAAAAAUAUUACAAUAUAUAGUGGAGCUUUCCACUAUUUUAGAGUUCCAAGGGCUUACUGGAGAGAUAGAUUGAGAAAAAUGAGAGCUGCAGGACUAAAUACAGUUGAAACUUAUAUUCCAUGGAAUCUCCAUGAACCUCAACCAGGUGUUUACGAUUUUGGUAGCGGUGGAACAGAUAUGGAAGACUUUCUACACUUGGAAGAGUUCUUGAAAGCUGCACAAGAAGAAGAUUUGCUAGCACUUGUUAGACCUGGUCCUUAUAUUUGUGCUGAAUUUGAGUUUGGCGGUUUUCCUAGUUGGAUUUUAAGAGACACUGAUACCGUAAGAUCCUCCAAUGACAAAAAUUAUAUGUCACAUGUGAAAAGAUGGUUCAAUGUACUAUUACCGAUCCUGGCACUUCUGCAAUUUCAAAAGGGGGGGCCAAUUGUUGGAUUUCAAAUUGAAAAUGAAUUCGGAAGUUUAGGAAGACAUGAUCCGCAAUAUUUAGGAACCCUGCAGCAGUUGUUCAUAGAUAAUAAUAUUACUGAAUUAUUGUAUACGGCAGAUUCUCCUGGGAACACUAAUGGUUCCAUAGAUGGAGUGUUACAGACGGGCAAUGUGGGUAGUGUAAUAGAUAUUCUAACGGGUUUAGCAAAAUUGAGAGAAUUACAACCGGAAAAACCACUUAUGGUUAUGGAAACUUACACAGGUUGGUUUGAUCAUUGGGGAGAGGAGCAUCAUACAACAACAACUAUUGCAUAUUUAGCCAUAUUACAUACCAUCCUCGAUUUUCCAUCUUCGUUGAAUAUGUACAUGUUUAUUGGUAGUACGAGUUAUGGUUUCAUGAACGGAGCAAAUGACGUUACGAGAGGUACAAAUAACUCAGGCCUACAAAUAGACACUACCAGCUACGAUUACGAUUCUCCCAUAACAGAGUGGGGAACAUACACUGAUAAAUACGAAUUGAUUCGAAUAUCAAUUAUAACUGAUAACAAAAUUAAAACUAAGCUUCCAGAAAAACCUAGCGUACGCGAACCUGUACAUUAUUCGGAAUUGAAACCAGUGGGACAGAUACUUUUAACCCAAAUUAUUGAAGACGCCAAAUAUAAAAUAGAAUCAGAAAACUUGCUACCUAUGGAGAUGCUGCCUAUUAACAAUAACUCCGGACAAAGUUACGGUUAUGUGACUUACAGGAAAAAUAAACUGAAUUUAUUGCCAAACGCUACUCUGAAAAUUUCUGGUUACGUGCGUGAUACUCUUUUAAUUCUGGUGAAUGGUGAACUAGUAUCCCCAGUACCAAGGAAAGAAACUGACAUUGAUGGUAUUGGAUUUUGGAAACUGUACAAUUCAACUAUUGUUCUAACUGAUAAGAAAAUGAAUAAUGCUACUUUAGAUUUAGUUAUAGAAAAUUUUGGAAGAAACAACUACGGUGGUUUGGAUCAGUUUCAUCAGUUCAAAGGACUUACUGAUGAUGUUUUCAUCGAUGAUUAUAAACUAACAAAUUGGCAAAUUAUUCCUUUGGAAUUCAAAUCCGCGUGGACUAGGAAACUUAACGGAUGGCAUUCUAUUGAUAAUAAUAAAAGUAUCCCCGCGCUAUAUAAAUUUAUUCUCAACGUAAACGACGAACCGGCCGAUUCGUUUAUUGACAUGAGAGAAUGGAUUAAAGGUAUAACAAUUGUGAACGGAUUCGUGUUAGGGAGACACUUUUUUAUAGGCCCGCAGUUUACACUUUAUUUGCCAGCACCACUAUUGAAAGAGGGAGAGAAUGAAAUUGUGGUUUUUGAACAUUAUGACGCACCUGAGAAUUUGCGUUUUUCCAAUCAACCUAUUUAUAAGACUGGAUCAAGAUCGAAUCGAAGAUACAGCAACUGACGGUUAGCGAUAUAUUUUCAUUUUUCGAAUUUCCUUCUGGUUAGAACGGAACAGGAUUCCAAACCAAAAUGUUGAUGUGAUAUUUUUUCUGGACAAUGUUUAAUUUUUAUCUCAUUGGAUACCCAAAAUUUCGCCGCGGUUUUGUCUCAAAAUUCUGUUCACGUUUGAUUUUAUUUUUUAUUUUCUAUAUAAUGAAUUUCUUUAAGAUAAUACUACUAAUCGAACCAGGAAAGUAUAAUACAAUUACUCU